UAUUUGAUCAAGAAUUAAUAUUAUCUAAAAACUUGACACGAGUACUUCAUGUACUUCUUAAAUAAUUUCAAAUCAACAAUGGAGUAUUCCACCAGCGACCGCCGGUACAAGUUCAGGUUGGCGAUACGGAAUCAUCUACUUAGUCUUUCAGACAAAGACGCAAAAUGGGUGUAAGAAACAGGAAUAGCGCCGAAUGCGCGAACAGCGAUUCGAUUGAAGAAGAUGAAACUGAUAUUAUUUACGGUUUAGAUGAUUCUCCUCCUUGGUAUUUAUCUAUUUUCAUGGCUCUGCAGCAUUAUUUAACAAUGAUUGGAGCCAUUGUUUCAAUUCCUUUCAUUCUUACGCCCGCUUUGUGCAUGAAAGACGAUGAUCCAGCCAAAGGGUACAUUAUUUCGACGAUGAUUUUUGUCACCGGAAUAGUAACUUUCAUUCAAGUCACUUUCGGAUGUCGUUUACCAAUUGUGCAAGGUGGCACUAUAUCAUUUUUAGUACCUACUUUGGCUAUCUUGAACCAGCCACAGUGGCGAUGCCCUUCUAGCGAUAUUUUAGAUGCCAUGUCCGCUGAAAAUAGAACUGAAGUGUGGCAGCUUCGAAUGCGUGAAUUAUCAGGUGCUAUCAUAGUGUCUGCUCUGUUUCAAACGAUAAUCGGAUACUGUGGUAUUAUUGGCAUGAUAUUAAAAUUCGUUACACCUUUAACUAUCGUACCCACGGUCUCGCUGGUUGGAUUAUCCUUAUUUGAAAAUGCUGCUGAAGCGUCUUCUAAGCAUUGGGGGAUAGCAAUGUUAACUAUCUUCUUACUGACAGUCUUUUCAUUAUGCAUGUCAGAAGUAAAAGUGCCUUUAGUCGUUUACAGAAAAGGACUCGGUUUGAAAAUAACUUGGUUCAGAGUAUUCAAACUGUUCCCUGUCCUACUGACUAUCGUUAUCAUGUGGAUUAUCUGCGGAGUCUUGACAGCAGUCAAUUAUUUACCUCCAGGUCAUCCGGCUCGUACUGAUGCUAAAAUAGAAAUUGUACGACGCGCAGCCUGGAUCAGAGUUCCAUACCCAGGUCAGUGGGGUUGGCCUACAGUUAGUGUUUCUUCAGUACUUGGAAUGAUGGCUGGAGUUCUAGCAUGUACGAUAGAAUCACUCGGAUAUUAUCCAACUGUAGCAAAAAUGUGUGGUGGCCCACCUCCACCAGUUCAUGUAAUUAAUAGAGGUAUUGGUACAGAAGGCUUGGGUACAAUUUUAGCUGGAAUUUGGGGUAGUGGAAAUGGUACCAAUACAUUUGGUGAAAAUGUAGGCACUAUUGGAGUUACCAAAAUUGGUAGUCGAAGAGUGAUACAAUUUGCUUGCUUGCUCAUGUUAUUACAAGGUGUUAUUAAUAAAUUCGGAGCUGUAUUUAUUGUCAUACCAGAACCAAUUAUUGGUGGAAUAUUCUGCGUUAUGUUUGGAAUGAUAACUGCUUUCGGGUUAUCAACGUUACAAUAUGUCAACUUGAAUUCAGCUCGUAAUUUAUACAUUAUCGGAUUUUGUUUGUUUUUCUCUUUGGUUUUACCAAAAUGGAUGAUUGCUCACCCAAAUGUCAUCCAAACUGGAAAUGCGACUCUGGAUAACAUAAUUACUGUGCUUCUCAGCACUAGUAUAUUAGUUGGAGGCUUUUUAGGGUGCUUGAUGGAUAAUAUUAUACCAGGCACGCCUGAAGAACGUGGAAUAAUUGCUUGGGCUGAUCAAAUGAAACUAACCAAAGACGACGAUACCGAAGCUGCUCAAGUAUCUGGUAGCACUUACGAUUUCCCAAUAGGAAUGGACCUUAUUCGAAGUUGGAAAUGGACUUCGUUUAUUCCGUGUUCGCCUACCUACAAAAUGAAGCUUUAAAUUACACUACGCAUUAACCAAAAAAAAAAAAAAAAAAAAAAAAAAAAAAACAUCAAGACAAAAAAUCAGAUUGAGGAAACACCAAGCUUCUCCUAUCAAAUUAUUAAAAUUUUCCGAAAUUACCUACUGGAAAAUUACGAGUUGUAUUGUACAUUAGAUAUUUAUUUUGCAUGAGUAAUCUAUAAUUUUUGUCGAAAUUUGUCACGAAUUUUAUGACUGAUUUGUGAAUACCAUUCAGCAUUUUACUCAUAAUAAACACCUGUCAAUUCUACGAGA